AUGUCCACCACCAUUCCCGAAACCAUGCGUGCCAUCAUGCUCAGCAACCUCGGUCCUCCCUCCUCUCUCAAAAUCGAAACAAUUCCCACUCCUAACCCCCCAACCUGGCCAAGUACUGAUAAGAUUUUGGGUAUUGAAUGUGUUGGUACUGUCGCUGCUGUUCUAGAGGAGGAGGAGGAUGGUGGUAAAGGGAAAGAUGGAUUGAAGGUUGGUGAUAAAGUAGCUACGUUUAGGGUGGAAUGGGUCGCGAUUUUGAUGGUGGAUAUGCGGAGUUUUGUGUUGUACCCAGGGCACAAGUUGCGAGGAUUGGUUGGGGCUCCCUCUUCUCCUCCCUCGAACUCAAGAAAGACAAUCCUCUCCUCAUCCGCGGCGGAACCUCCUCAAUCGGUCUCGCCGCCGCAGCACUGGCAUCCCACCUCCACCACUCGCCAACCAUCUCGCACCCCACUCCUUCUCGACACAGGUGCACAUCACGUUCUCAUCGAUCUACCAUCCGGUCUCCCAUCUCCCACCACCAAUAUCCGUUUCGAUACAAUCCUCGAACUAGUAGGACCCACCACCCUGGAUGAUUCGUUCCAGCUGUUGAGAACUGGAGGUGUAUUGUGUCAAGCGGGUAUUUGUGGUGGUAAAUGGAUUUUGGAAAAUUGGAGUCCUUUUGCGAUGGAAGCGGAAUAUUUCACAUCAUAUGCGAGUAGUGUGGAGAGAUUCUUGGAGACGAGUUUGGACAGUGUGGCGGGAUUGGUUAGGGGAGGGAAAAUUAGGAUUCCGAUUAGAGUUUUUGAGGGGUUGGGGGAGAUUGUGGAGGCGCGUAGGGUUAUGGAGGUGGAGGGGGCGGCGGGGAAGAUUGUAGUAGUUGUUUAG